AAUGUUUUUUUUUUUAAUAAAAUAAAUAAUAUUUGCAUACGUAGGAUUAGUAUUUUUAAGAACUAGGCCUUUAUUAAAGAGCACGAUAAAACAGCGAACAAAAAGUACACGAAAACUUACAAAAAUAUACACACACGCACGCACAAGCAACAAAAGUACAAAAAGUCCAAAAAUCGUGAUUCGUAAAACCGUAAGCCGUAAAACCGUAAUCGAAAUCGUAAUCGUAACCGUAACCGUAAUCGUGAUCGUAAUCGUCGUUGCACACUCGCUCGUCUCUCGUUAUUCUCUAUUAGCUUCUAACGCUCGCACCGCGGACACACCCUUAUAUUCACGCGAUGAUAUUCUCGAUUUUCGGCAUUCGAACAAUUCGCGAAUCUUCGGUUAUCCGAAGCCCCCCCCUCUCCAAAGAGCCGCAGGUUGCCGACCCCUGUAAUAUACUAUCAAAUUGUUAUUAUAUUAACAAAAUUAGAAAUUUUUAAAAGUUCUGAUUUUUCAUAUAAAAAAUCAUUCUUUGCAUUUCUUUAUCUUUUUCCUUACUAUGUUUAAGCUUCAAUAUUGUGUAACAAGGAAAGAAAAUAUACUGACAAUGAGAAAGAUUAUCUGUACGGUUCCUUAUAAAUCCGGAUUCCGUUCUAAUUACUUUACGAUUAAUUGCUUUCGCGAAAAAUGUCUUGUAAAAUAGAAAUAUUCUCUGUAUAAUUGUUUUAAAACUAUGAACUACAGAAUAUGUAGUAAAGUUGUAAACUAAAUUCGGAAAUUUGAAUAUGUAUUCAUAUAUCAACGUAAUUCGAAUUUAAAAUUCGAAUACUUCAAAAAAUUCAAAUGUUUUGAAUAUUUGGAUACAAAUAGCUCUUGAUUUUCAUUCUACUUUCGCACAAUUUGCUACUUCUAAUGAUUUUAUAAAUUCUGAAAAAAAUUCCUAGCACCAUCAUAGAUGAAAUAAUUAACUUCAUGAAUGAAUUAAACUUAAACUUUGACAACGAAGUUAAAAAAAUGUUAAUGAAUUCAUUGAUUCGCACUGAGUACCUCUGUCAAGUGAAUGCUUAAUUAAGCAACAAGAGUUAAAUGAAAUACAGAAUGAAAUUGAGGAAGAAAAAACUGUCAAAAUCGCCAAGAUUUUGACAAUCAAGAAUAUGAAUGAAGCUUUUGUGUAUUUUGACUAACAAGGAAAAAUGUGAUAACUUAAUGUGAUAACUUAACUUUUUAUCAAGAAAAGAAAAGAGGGUGGUAUUCAACUAUCUCUUGACAACCUUAUAAAAAAGAAUACCUAAAAGCACCUAAACACAUUUCGUGAACUUCAUUAUAUAUGUAUAUUGAUAAAUAAGUAUUUAACAUACAAUUUUUGAAGUUCUUUUUACUUCCCUGUACUUUUAAACAUUCAACAUUCACGCACGAUUUCCAGAACGAAUUAUUAUAUGCGAAGGUCGAGGGCCGCCUAAACUUUGAAUAUUUGAGUAUUCUAAGAUACAGAUUUCGUAAGCAGAUAUCCCUUUCUCUUCUAGUUAUUAGUAUCCCGACUCCCCAUUUUGGUCGAUUAUAAAAAAAAGGUUAGAAUGAGAUCCUAAACUAUCGGAAGAUUAAAAAAUACGUAAGUUAAGAAACCAAAAAGCGGCCUCUAUGUCAAACGACGAUCAAAAUAAUGAAGCAAAUCAACAAACUGACCAAACUAAAGUUGGCGAAAUAAAAGCAGAUGGUGAACACAACGAAAUAAAAACAAAUGCCGAAUGCAACGAAAUAAAAACAGAUGCUGAAUGCAACGAAACAAAAGCAGAUGAUUGUAGAAUUAUCUGCUACCAAAGUCUUCCACUCAAUAAUAAAGGCUCUCGCAAGUGCAGUCUAAACUGUUUUCCUCUAUGUAAAAUAUAUGAAGACUAUAAAGGAAAGCUCGAGGAGCUUAAAAUUAUUAAAGGAAGUAUGGAACUAAUCGACUUCAAUGAAGAGGAACAACGUGAAAUGAGCAGCAUCAACGGAACUAUGCAAGUAUACGCUAUAAUACCGAAAGAGAAUGAAAAAGAUAUAUUGGAUGAAACGCAAGAAACAUCAAAUCUAAAUAAUGAUUACGAGGCUUUAAAUCAAGAAAUUAUGUCUUUAAGCCAAGAGACUAUACCUUCGAGUCAGGAAACUAUUUCGGAUGAUACUGACCUCGAAUGCAAUUGGAUAGUAGAAAAAGCAAAACCGCAAACGCAGGAACAACCAAUUUUGGAAGGAAUAGAUUUUGUCGAUUUUAAAUAUGUUUUUAAUCAAUUAUUAACACUCGACGAUCAUUCCAACAUCGGAUGCAGCAUUCGACAUUUUAAAAUAAUUGGACGUUACCGGAAUGGACUGAAAAUAACAUAUUCUGUAAAAUGUGAAAUGUGCAAUCAGAUAAUACAUAUACCAUGCAUUCAACAGAAUAAUGACGUUAUAGAUAUCAAUGAGAGCGCUGUUUCCGCGACAAUGGUAUUAGGCGGCGGAUAUGUUCAACUGAUGGAGAUGUUGGCUUGUCUGAAUGUGUCGUGUAUGUCCAAACAAUCAUACGACAAACACAGAACAAAAAUAAUAGAGGCCUUCGAACUGGCUGCACAGUGGGAAAUGGAAGCUGCUGGUAAAAAAGAGAGAGAACUAGCUAUAGCAAGAGGUGAUGUAUGUCCAGACUCUGGCAUACCAUGGAUUCCAGUUGUCGCUGAUGGUAGCUGGAUGAAAAGAUCAUACAAAGGUGGUUAUUAUAAUUCUCCUUCCGGUGUAGGAGUUAUUGUUGGAUAUUAUACAAAGAAAGUGUUAUAUGUUGGCGUAAAGAAUAAAGUCUGCAUAACUUGCCGGGUAGCGGCUAAGAAAAAAGAAAAACCUAGCGAGCAUCGUUGCUUCAAAAAUUGGGGUACAACUCAGAGUUCAACUGCAAUGGAAAGCGUUGCUAUUUUGGAGGGAUUUGAAUGCAGCAUAAAAAUGCACGGCCUGAUAUAUUCAAUAUUAAUUGCCGAUGGUGAUAGCAGUGUCUACAAAAAGAUAUUGGACCGUGAUCCGUAUAAACAGUACUCGGUGCGUGUACAAAAAAUUGAAUGUAUCAAUCACAUGCUACGCAAUUUCGGUAAGAAAAUUGCUAAUAUCGGCACUACAGGUGGGUGCCAAAAAUUAAGAGCUGUCGUAAAAAAAAACGCUCUCCGUCUGCGCGCUUGUAUAAGGAAAGCUGCACAAUACCGCUAUAACGAAAACCUGCCACUGGUUGAAAAACUUGAAAGACUAAAAGCAGAUUUAACUAACGUGCCUAGCCACGUUUUCGGAGAACACAAGGACUGUGAAAGAUUGGCAUAUUUCUGCAACCAGUACUCUGCUCCCAACGUAAUAAACUAUGUUCCGCAACUGAAGGAAGCAGGUAUUUAUAAACGUAUAGAGGAAGCCAUGCAGCCGCUUUUCAAGAAUAUUCAAAGUUUGCUGUACUGUAUGAAUAAUAAUGCAGCAGAAGUCUUUAAUGCCAUCAUCGCGAAAUACAUUGGUGGCAAACGAAUAAACUUUGGAUUAAAAGGCUCGUAUCAGGGUAGGGUUUACGCUGCUGUCGUUCAGUACAAUACAAAAGAGGCAGUGAGCCGAAUGUGUAGAGCAAUAAAUAAGGAACCGCCAGUCCUUGUCAGGAAGAUUGAAGAACGACGUAAAAGCGAGAAUAGAAGAUAUUAUAUAUCUUCCAGGCGGCGUAAAAGACAAAUGUGUGAUAAGGAUUACGGUCCUUGUGCGGAACAACCUGAGAUAGAAGAAAUAGUUUUCACUCCCGAGUAUGAGAAAAAAAUAGCAGCACUCCACAAAUGUUAAACGAUGGGAUACGAGAUCGAAAUGGGGAGUCGCAAUCAAGCAAAUUGCAAGAUAUGAAUAGCUUACAUCUGCUACUGGCAAAUGUUCUAAAGAGAUGAUCUAUAUGUAUGAAGAUAAAAAAGAAAUGUUCAUGCUGACAGGAAUUGUACACAGUAAGUUCCAUAGAACUUAACCGAUUAAAGAGUUUUAAAGUCAUAAACCCUAUUUUAGUUCAGGAUAAAGCUUGGUUUACAUUUGCAGUCUUAGUCAUUCAUUUCUCACAAAAGAAACGAAGUUACCUAUAUAACCCGGAAAAACAUAUAAAUAGAAAUAUUCACGAUGUAUCCAAAAGAAUAAGUAGAAUGCUCCUAUUUUCAUUACAUCUUUGUGAAUUAAUUCGAAAAUAUUAUGAUUAUACAAAUAUUUCCUACACAGAUCUGCAUCACGGAAACAGUUGUUUCAUAUGACAUGAAAAUGACCAUUUAUAAAAAGGCCAGUCUUAAAAUUGCAAAUUCUACCGCAUCAAAUGGAGAAAAGGAGCCAAAGUUUAUAGCACGUGUAGAGAAAUAAGUAAAUCACAUUAUUUAAUUUUAUGAAAAUCGUUCUCAUUGUACUUGAAUUUUUAUCAUAGAUUUUAUAAUCUAACUAUAAUUUAAGCGGACAAUGUUAUUGCACAUUGUUUAUAAAAGCUGGAAAACGGUAAUAUGCAAUGAAUUCCUUAAACAGUAUUCAGCUAUACUUGUAAGUACAAUAUUGCCUCGAAAUAAGGAACACGCAUGAGACCGACGAGUUGCUUAUUUCGAAGGUGGUCUGCUAUUCGACUAUUGUGUUUUUUUUAUUACAUCGCUAUAUAAUAGAGUGAGAAAACAAUAUAGUACAUGUUCUGUCCUCUUUCCACGACUCUUUCCAUAACUUCUGUUUUACGCACCAAUCUCUCACUCGGCGUCGGAUUUCAAUCAAAGAUGUGGGAAUAAAAAUUUGCUAAUUUCGAAGCUGUUGCUUGUUUCGAGGCAAUACUAGUAUACCUUAUUGUUGAAUUUAAAUGUUUAAACUGGAAAAACUGUUUUGAUUGAACUUUUUUACUUUUGCAGAUAACAUUAGAGUUUACAGCAUGAUGGUUCAAAAAAUACGGUAGCAUUUCAUUAAAAUUGCAUAUAAUUAUAAAUAAUAUUAAAAGUAAUAAUUUUGCAAAAUUUAACGGAUUAUUUUCUAAAAUAAAAGGGUGAUUUAUCUGAAAGUUUAUCAAGAAUAUACGACAGCGGAAUAGAAAAGUGGCCGAUCUAUUAAAUCUGGGGCCAUUAAUUCGAGACUCCCGCAAUUUAUAUAAGUUUUUUUAUAUUUUAUUUAUCGCCUUCAACUUCUCAAACUAAUCAAAGAAGAAAAUAUUUAAAAGCCUUAAUAGAAGAAACCAAAUGAAAAAAUGUUUGUAUUUGCUUAUAUUUUUAUGAAAUAAAAAGAGAAUAAUUUUUCUUCGUUUCAUUAUUUUUAAAGAAAUAAGAGGAAAACAGAAAAUUUUGUUUACUUAAUUUUUAUUCAUAAUAUAUAUAUUUAUUCGUAAUAUAUUAUUUCUUUCUUUUGUGUGCUAUGAUUUUCCAAAAUUAUUAUUUUUAAUAGGAUAUGAAAUGCUUUAUAAUUGUAUGAAGUUUGAGCGAAAUCAAUUGUCCCUUUAAACGAUCUCCUAUCACACGAUCUAAUUAGUAGUUAUUUAACCGUUUUAACAAAUAAGUAAUUUAAUCGAAAGUCUUUGUGUCAUUAUAAUUAUAAUAGGCUCGUAUUCUUUUUAAUUCCGACAUAAUGACGAGUAAUACCGAAUGCUGCUUCAUUUCUUGUGGAAAAAUACGGAAAAUAUAUAAAAAAAAAUGUUUUAAUUUUAGACUUAGUUUUCAAGAGAUUGAAGUUUGAAAAUUCACCGCAUUUCUGCACUGUUACGGUAAUGUUAUUUUCGGCAAUUGUGUUCCAUGAUAUCUUAAUCGAGAUGUAAAAAGAUUUUUAAUGUAUUGCUUUAUAUUCUAAUCAACGGGUUAACAGAUAAUAACAACAGAUUGUUAGAUAACGCAUUCAGAAACAUCCACCUAGCCUCCAUAGUAUAAAGAUUUUACACUCAUUUAUGCGAUUAAAUUUAUAGGACUUUUAUGUAUGGGAAUACAUUUAUGAAAAAAUAUAUUUUGAGUAGACGCACAUAUCUAUCCAUUUUAUAACGAGGACAAUUUUAAUGAUUUUGCGACUGAAAAACUAACAUUUUGUCUGCGAAAAUUUGUGUCGUGUCUUUUUUUGAAGUGGAUGAUAACAAAGGGGUGCAGCAAAUCUUCAAACUUGAUUUUCUCAAACACUAUACUCUGUAAUUUUUUCUUUUCUUUUCCAUAAGGAACACAUUAUUCAGCCAAAUUUUGAUUAUAUUUCCCAAAAAUGAUGAAAAUGUUAAUGUUUACCCAUAAGUAGAUAUAUCGAAUAUGUAUAUAUGUAAUGUAAAAACAGAAAUUUGUACGAAACUCAACUGCAAAUCAAAACGUAUAGAAUUUUAUAAUUUUGUAAUGAAACCAAGUAAAAAAAACAUAAGUAAAAUACACAAUUUUAAAUAAAAAUAUUUUAAAUACAUGUAAGUAGUAAGACAACCCAAAAUCGAGAAAGUUCCUUCAAGUUAGAAGAAUUUUUAUAGUUUUUACUUUCUUUUAAUUUUUUUAUCUGUUGUGUAAUAUUAAGUUGUCGUUACUGAAUAUGUUACGUAUGUAUGUCAUUUCUGCAUGAUAUUAUACUCAUUCUUUAUAUACGGAAACAGUUUAUUGAAAAGAUAUUUAUAAGUUGUCAGUUGUUCUUUUUUUUUUUAACCAGACAUUUACGUAUGCUGGGAUUUAUGUAGCUAUGAAGUAACAGUAAAGGUGAUAUUAAUUCUCAAAA